AUGGUUAGACCAAGAGGAAAAUAUCGACCCCUUCCCGAGAAGCCGCUUAUAACCUGGACGAGGUUUUACCUACCGCGUGAUCAAGAAUGGCCGGUGUGGACCGUGGAUCACGACGACAUCCACGCAGGCCCUCUUACCAGACUUCCUUGUCUAAGGCUGGGAUUGGCAAGAAUGGUGGACAAGCCCGAUCAGGCGGCCUACAUCAUCGAAUGGUAUACGCAACAAGACUUUAAAAACUUUGAGUCUUCCCCGGCCUGCGUCGAGUUUCUGCGAAACCUUCCUGAAUCCGCAGCAUCGGAAGAAUCAAGCUCCCGACUGGAGCAUUUGAACCUGGACGACGAAUCUGCUCCCCUCCCAAAAUCAUCAGGAAAAUCUCGGUUUCGCGUUUACAAACAUAGUACUCGGCUUCCAACUAGAGAGCUGGAAGGGCUUGUCACUCUGACGGCAUUUUCGGUGCCAGCCAAAAUUGAUGACAACGACAGCAGGUUCCUGGAGAUCUCUCGUGCAUUAGAGGCCAAGUUUUCCGCCUUCAGGCCCCAAGGCUACACUUGGUUGACAAAGCAUGGCGCAUCGAACAGGUUCAUCUGCAUAUGGCUCUGGGUGCUCGAGGAGGACAGCUGGGUUGAAGAAAAGUUCGGAACGCUAAAACAGUCACAGCCUGGUGAAGAUGACCCGAGCCGAGCUAUACUCUGUCACAUUUUUCUCUGGUCAAGAGGCUAUGCGGAACCUCACAAAGAGGAAGAAGCGUCAGCAGCAGAUCCACAGGCGCGGGAGUCGUGGGAACGACGUGCAGCGCUGGUGAUGCCUCCCGCCACAGCCUGGGUGCAGGAGCGCUGGGACAUACGGCAAGUGCCACGCUUCGAGGCCUCCUCUUCUGAGGAAGAGGGUGAAGGUCCGGAAUGGGAGGAAGAAUUGGAGGAUAGGCGACGGCUCGAAGAGUUUAGAGCUCAAACAGAGAGACGGAAGACCAGUAAUGACGCCAAGCCACAAUGUAGUUACAGUGCAGCCAUGCAAGUCUGCCGCCGAGGGUGA